ACGUGCCCUUUGCUUUGCUUCGAGACGCACAUCAGCCACUCCACUGCUGCACACUGGCAGGGGUCCCACUGCCCUAGAGACCCAACCUCUUUCUUGUCGCACGCCCUGAGGCUCGGGGGCGUCUAGAGCAAAAAUAACUCCGUGUGUCCAUAUGGACUCGAAUAAUAGCUCUCGGUUUGUUGUGACGGCGUGGCGCAAUGGCCAUGAAUUGCUUCAGCUACGCCACGACUUGUACUGCUCUGAGACGCUUAGAAGAGAAAAGGCUGUCAACAAGGUUUUUGCGUGGCGCCUGCGUAAGCCAGAUGCUCUGCCUUUGCUGCUAGAAUCGACGGCAGAUAUUGUUGAUGUCAUCCUCCAAGAUGAGAGGGGCGGGCUGCAGCAUAAUGCCUUGCGGCUGUUGUAUGCAACAGCACUAUCAAGAUUCGUAACCGGCCUAGCAGAUACCCAGAUCGACUUGACGCGUGAUCGCCCCUCGUGGUUUCCCGCUGGAAAAUCCCUCCAGCUACCCCUCUCCCUGCUGGAAACGCGGCACCGCAUCGUUCAUCGGCAUUUGCCAUCGCUUGCAGAGCUGAAGCGCGCUGCCGCAGACUCUCUCGAGUGGCUGUGGGAGUGGUACUGGCGACAACUGGAUUAUGCCUUUGAGACUGGCGACGCCGACGGCGAGGCUGAGGCUGAGUUUGGGUUAGAAACUAGAGCAGCAAUCAAGGAGAAACUGCAAGCCGUAUUGAAGUCGUACGUCAAGGAAAGAAAGAAUGAGAUCAAGCAACGACGACAAGACAACAAGGCCGCUCAAACAGCCUUGUCAACGUACACCUUGCAUUUCUCCGCCAACACGCCCACACAACGUGUUCUGCUUGACCUCGUCGUAGACGACAAAAUGAUUCUACCCACGGACAAGAAGCUAGGCUCCUCAAUGUCCGGUGCCUUUCUCAUCUGGACCCCUUUACUCGUAGCAUUCUGUACUUCAUCUACACUCUCAAUCAACGCACUCGUUACUCGCCUCCUCGACCAGCUCUCCGUGUUCAAGGUAAGCAGCCAUCAUGAUUCCAUCGUGGACUCGGACAACCCUAUCAAAGAAGCAAUGUACACCUGGCUCCUCCACAUUCUCACCUCAUCCGAUUGGGCCCCUGCAAGACGAGUCGUCGCUGUAUCAGCGGAGAAGAAGAUGCAAGAAGAAGUUCUUGUGCAGAUUUUCUCUGGCCCGUGUUUCUGGGGCUUGAAACUCGCCGAGGCGCUGCUGGACAAGGGAGAUGUGGCUAGUGCGGAGUCCUGGCGUGCUGUUUUAGUUGCUGCGAGGAGUGAGGGCGAAGUAGAAGGUGACGAUAUGGAGCUUGAUGUUGAGGCUGAGAGUAUAACCGCGGCGUUGCCUGUACGGCGGACUGAAAACGGGAGCCAGGAAAAGAUUCAGGGACCUGUUAAGGUGUUGGGAAUGUGGAAGAGUAGGCCGAUUGGAUGGAUACCUGAGGGGUGGGAUGAUGAUGACUAAGUAGAAUUUUCCUUCUCCUUGUUUAAAGGACUUGGUUGAGCGAGAUUUUUUUUUGUUGUAUAAAAAAAAAGUGUCUUUUUUUGGUAUAUAAGCGACAUGGAAAAAGUUUGGCUUGGGUCUUGAUGAAAAUAUGUAAAAAGGUACGAAUCACUCUUUCCAUUUGUUGAUUUUCUUUGUGUGUUCUUCUACAAUAUAUCUUCUUCUCU